UUAAGACUUCUUGCUUCUAACUGUUGUUGUUGCUGUUUGCACCAGUUAUCCUAAUAAGUGAAACCAGCUCAAUAUGAGUGAUUAACUCAAGCUCUACUUAAAAUCUUUCCGGUAAUAUAUCCAUUAUCACGAUAUCUCAACAUAUCGACGUUUUGAUACCACCCGUAGUUGAGGAGGAAGAUCAUGAAAAUACCAGCUUAUCAUCAUUCGAUGCUAUACGUUUUAAGCCUUCUUCUGUGUCUUGCAUCUUUCUUCAUCAUAAAUUCUGAUGCUAGAAAAUUAAGUGGUGGAGCGGUUAGCACACUGCAACAUAUUAUUGAAUCAUCUGAAAUCAAUGACCUGAAACACUUCGACGUAUAUUUACCUUCAGAAGAUUCAUCCGAUUCAGUACCCUAUGGUCUCAGUUCUCCCUUCAAUUUGCCACCUUAUGAUUCGCUUCCUCCAGUUCCAAAUACCCCUCCUAGUCCUUUUUGUGUUAAUCCACCUCCAGGCCCAAUUGAAAACCCACCUCAAAGCCCAAUUGAAAACCCACCUCAAAGCCCAUCAUCCACUAUCAUCCCCAGCCCACCCCAAUAUUAUCUUCCUCCCAUAAUCAUUCCCAAUAGCCCACCUCAAAAUAUUGAACCUAGUCCACCCACAACUAUCCCUAGCCCAACAGAGCCCAUUUUUAGCCCGCCAUAUUCUUACGAGCCGAGCCCACCAAGUUAUGUCCCAAUUAGCCCACCAAUAAGCAACACCGGCCCAAGCCCACCAACUGGGCUUUUUCUACCGCCGGUGGUGUAUCCACCACCUACCGUGUUCGUGUUUGACCCGAUUAUUCAAGAAGCUAUGGACUAUGCAUGUGCAUCUGGAGCAGAUUGUGAUCAGAUUGAGCCCAAUGGAUCAUGCUAUCAGCCUGAUACUUUAUUUGCACACGCCUCUUAUGCCUUCAAUAGCUAUUGGCAAAGAACUAAAGUGGCAGGUGGCACUUGUGACUUUGGAGGGACAGCCAUACUUGUCACUGUCGACCCUAGUUUUGAUGGAUGCCAAUUCAUCUAUUACUGAAGGUUUUUGAUUCUCUUUUCUUGCAUACUGGCUUGGAAAUGUUCAAGACAAAGAAGACUACUCCCAUCCGAAGUUUUGUAAUUUUGGACACGGUUAACAGGUGGAUGCAUGUACUGUCUGGACUAUAUAUCCCUUCCAUCUACGACCAGAAACAACAUGUCCUUUCCUUGACGAAUAGUACUCUUUUUUCUUAUAAUUUUAAACUGAAUAUUUAAAUGUAAAAGGAAAAUACCAUUUGGAUUUAACAUUAUCCUGAAUUUUAGUGUUACUAAUAAUAAAUUAAAUAUAUAGAAUAUCCUUUUU